AAAAAGAAAAAGCUUUUAGUUAAAAAAAAAGAGAGAGAGAAAAUCUGAAGAAGGAAAAGAAGUAAAACCGACACGGCGCCAUCAAUGGAAAGUGGGAAAGCUCCUGAUAUUUCGGUGAUUUCGACGAAAUUUAAAACCGAUGCCAAAAUCAAAAGCAGACCAGACUUUUUUUUAAUUUUUUUCUUUUGAAAAGCAGGAAAUAGUGUUCCAAAGGGAAGGAAAAACACCAGCAAAGUGCUUGUCCCGAACCCAGAAAAUACAGAGAACAACAGCGCCAGCGGCAACCAACAAUCACCAAGAAAGAAACAAGAACACAAUAAACCAGAACAGCAAACCAACCCCAGAAGACAACCAGUAGCUUCACUGACCGCAUCACUCCACCCUUAGCAAGCCGAUCAGCAAGAUGAUUAGCAGACCUUGAACCGAGACUUUGACCGCCGCCCGGUCCCUCGCAAUCCAAAGGUUUUAAAUUGACUAAUUGACUGAGAAUCAGAGUUAAGGUGUUGAGUGUCUUAAGAGUUUAAUUAUGGGACCCGACUUAAAGCUGACAGAGAAAUCCGAAGCCAUAGUGAAAGUGGUUUUGACUAAUAAGAAAAAAGGAAACUUGGCUCAAAAUCAAGAAGAUAAGGGGGUGCAAGGAAACAUGGAUGUAGAGGUUGAUGUUACGGAACAUAUGAAUUGUAGUGAGCUCGAGAUGAUUGAUGUUGAAUGCCAGGAUGCUACUGAGUAUUCGAGUUCUUUUGAUGACACAGAAUCAGGGGAUGAGAAUGGUUUGGUAGUGAAUGAUGAUCUUGAAGUUGAAUCACCACUGUACGACACAAGGUUGUUCAGAUCGUUGUUUGAUGGAUGUGAUGGACCGUUGCAGAUGGGGAAGAGAAGGUUAACAGACCACUGGAGGAGGUUUAUACAUCCUCUUAUGUGGCGCUGCAAAUGGUUAGAAGUAAAACUACAUGACUUUAAGUCUCAGGCACUCAAGUAUGAGAGAGAACUUGCCAAAUAUGGUCAAAGCGAGCAGUUUGAAUUUGGAAAGGUUACCUUUCAAGGCUUUGAUGCAGAGUUGCAAGCUUUUCCUUCAAGAAUUCAAAAGAAGGAAGUAAUGAAGAGGAAGAAAAGAAAACGAGUAGAAGAUACUGCUGAUGUUGCAUCAUACAUGUCUGAUCAUAAUAUAUUCUCCUAUUAUGAAAGUAAGAAGUCUGUUGUUGCUUCUUCUGCUCUGGAUGAUGAUUGGGGUGAAGAUAAUAAAACAAUCAAUGGCUAUGAUGAUGUUGGUGGAUGGCCAUUUUUUAAAUCUAGAGAUGGUGAUACUUGGUCAGAACAGAUCCUUCGGAAUAUUGAAGUGCUACGGUCAAGAAUACAAAAACUAAAGACCCGAAUGGACAAGUUGAUGACUGAAAGUCCUCAAAAGUUCUCAUCAAUCAAUAUGUUGAGUUCGGUUGUACCAUGUGAUGUAUUGAACAAUUCUAGAAAUCAUCUUUCCCCUGAGAAAGGAGAUGGAAAUAGUUCACAAUGUACUACGUCGCAGCAUGAAUCUGAGUGUGACAUGAGGGAUAAUUUUAUGCCUGGAAGUGCAGUUUCAAGUCAUGGAGUGGUGGCCCCCCUUCCUGAUAUGAUCAGGAGCAUGAGUAGGCGUCUGCUUGAGAUUUCCUGUGAAAAUAUUGAGGGAGAAAUUCUAAUACCUAACCAGGCAGCCAAGGAGGAGUUGUGUAAUUUUGGAAGUGCUAUAAGUCAGCAGGCGGAGAAGCCUCACAUAUCCAGGAGAAGCUGAAAACUUUUUCUCUUGUCCAGGCUCCUGGAGACACUUUUUCAAGUCCAAGCAAUCUGAUGAUAAGAGAAGGACCAGAUGGGAGCAAAAAUUAGGCUUAGGUAGUCGAGCUGGAGAUCCUCAGGUUAGCUGGAUUCUCUCAGUUAAAUAUAGCUUCUAUUCAUAUUCGAGGAGAUGGAAUAUCCUAUAAAACAAGAGGUCAACCUUUUCAGCUUUGAUGAUGAUACGUUCACUAAUGUCAAGUGUAUAUUCUGCUAUCCUCUGCAACUCACACUUGUAUAUGCUAUUUCUCAGUUUUGCUGAAACAUAAAUGUUAAGUUCAGAUGCUGUGCAGUAUCUAGAUUACUAUGAUCUGUUUUGGUUGAUAUUA